GGAGCAGGUCUUUGGGAAAUGCGUAUAAAUUUGACACUAGUGUUUAGUGAAUGAAAACAGUGUAUUGGUAUUGAUGUUUUGUUGAACGUGUAUUGUAAUGGAGGGUCAAGAAAAAGCAGUUGAAACGAAGGACACAGACACUUUACAGAGGAAACACCCCUUUGAUAAUCUUUCCAAAGAAGAACUGGUCAAGAAAUGCAAACACUUUUUGAUGCUGGCACAAAAAGCAAAGCAAGCAAAAGAUGAUGCGAAUGAGGAAAUACAGCGCCUGAAAGAAGAACUAGCAAAAUAUGAGGGAACAACAGAAAUGAAGUCAAAGGAAGCACCAAAACAUACUGAUGCCACAAGCAUGCAGGAGAUGAUAGACACUCUCACUGAGCAAAAGCUCUCUCUUGUUAUUGAGAUGGACAAAGUGCUGAAACAAAGUGCAUCAGUAGAACGCCAGUUGGAGCAAGUGAAACAAGAUGAACGGAAAGCAAGGCAACAGGUGAAUCAAUUGACUAAUCGUGUGCAGGAGCUUGAGACAGCACUUGAAAGUGCUCAUCGACAGGUUAAACGCCUUACAAGAGAGAAUGAUGAUUUACUUCAGCAGCUGGACACUGUGGAAUUAGAACUGCGGUCUCUGAGGGAUCGGGGAAUUGAGAGGACUGAAAGCAUCAAGGCUAAACAGAGAAUAGUGGCUGUAGAAAAUGAAAUGGCAAUAUUACAGGAGGAGCUGGAUAGGGUAAAUGAAGAGAAUAAAAAGAAAAAUGAUCAAAUGAAACAGUUACAUGAUCAAUUCAGUCAGGAAAAAUUGGCAUAUGAAGAGCAGUUCAAACGAAGGCAAAUUUCUUGGGAAGAGAGAAUAUGUGAACUUCAGGAUCAGUUUAAAAAAGAGAAGUCUGUGUUUGAACAAACACUUGAACAAGAAAAGAAAUCUAUGGAAGAUACUUUGAAACAUGAAAUUAUUUCUUGGAAAAAUAAGUUAAAUGAAUUGAAAGAACAGUUCCUAACUGAAAAGCAGGAGAUGGAACGUCAUGCAAAGCAACAGGUCUUAACAUUAUCUGAACAGUUUGAAAACGAAAAAUUGUCUUUGGAAGAGAAACAUAAGCAACUUAUAAGGGAAAUGGAGGAACAGAAAAUUAAGGAAAUGAAGACAGUUGAGGAAGGGUACAUCCAAAAAUUGCAGAAUCAGGAAGAAACCUUUGCUGAAGAGAAACAGGCAUAUACAGAAAAUUUCAAACAUCAGUUACUAACUUGUGAGAAACAUUACAAGCAAGAAUUAAAACUUCGCGAAGAAAAAUUUGCGCAGAAACUUAAAAAGUGUGAAGAGAAAUUUUGUGAAGAAUUUCACAUUGUUGAAGAUAAAUUUCUGAGAGAGAGACAUGCUCUUGAGGAGCAACUAAAACAACUACAAGAAAAGGCUGCAGAGGAGAAACAGUGCCUAGAACAGAAAUAUAAUGCAGGGAUUGCAGAGUUGGAAAAAAAAUUUGAACAAGAGAAAACUACCUUGAUGGAUAAGUUGAGAAAGGAAAAACAUAUAUUUGAGGAAAAGUUGCAGAGAGAGAAAAGUAUUUUGGAAGAGAAGUAUCGGAAGGAAAUUGAGAGUAUUAGUGAAGCUAGGAAUAAUGUAAAAGAUGCCAAUCUUGAAAUAGAAAAGUUGACUCGAGAGAUACAGAACUUAUUUGAAGAAAAGGAGCAGUUUGCAACCCAUGUACAUAAUCUUAAAGAAACAUUAAAAUAUACAAAUGCUGAGAAGGAUGCAUAUUUUCAAGUGAAAGAAAGGCUGAAACAUGAUAAUGAAAGCUUAUUAGAUCAACUCAAAGCAAUAAUGAGUGAAAAGGACAGAGUUGUUAGUGGAAUAGAAAAUGUGAAACAGAACAACGCUGAACUCAACCAACUAAUCCAGAGUCUGGGAGCUGAACGGGAAUCAUUUGUUAAAGACAUUGCAAAGCUGAAUAUGGAAAAGAAAAAGCUACUCGAACGUUUGGAUGUUUUGGAAGCAGAUAAUUCUGCAAUAAUUGAAGAUAACUGUUAUUUAAAAUCUGAACUGCAAAAACUAAAAGAACUGCUGGAGAAGAUAACAGCUGAAAAAAUUUUAAUCUCUGAGGACAAUGUGUGCUUAAAAUCUGAAAAGCAAAAACUGAAUGACUUGUUGGAAAAGGUAAGUGUUGAAAAGAUAGUUAUUUCAGAAGAGAAUUCUUGUUUGAAAGCAGAAAAGGAGAAGUUGGAAACAACACUAGAGUCAGUAAAUGCAGACAGAACAGCUGUUCUUGAAGCUAAUACGGGUUUAAAAGCAGAAAAGGAAAAAGUAAAUCAUGAGUUGCUUCAAGUAAGAGCAGAAUGUGAAUCUCUACAUUCAGAAAUGGCUAAUGCAAUGGAUAUGCUUAAUAAUGCUGUGCAUAAUCAUUUAUUAGAUAAGUUAAAAGUGGAAAGAUUGGUACCAGAUAGCAAAGAAAAUGAACAAGGAAGUGCUGAUACAUUAGUGCAAGUAAAUGAACCCAAAACAUGCGCAACACUUUCAGAUUUAAUCACAAGUCUCUGUGAGAGCCUCGAAAGAAUUUCCGUUACAAGAAACAGUGCCUCUUCAGCAAACGUUAGUGAUUACAGUGGCAGCAAAGAGGUGACUGAAUCAGAUUCCCAAGAAAAUAAGAGCAGUAUCUCAGGCCACAUUCAGAAUUCUGAUGCUUCUUCAAGUGAAAAUGGAACAUCAGUUGAAGGUGACAGGUACAGAGAUGAGAUACAGAAGCUACACUCAGAGUUAGAACAUUUAAAUUCAGUUAUUUCUAAUAUGGAAGCACAUGGCGAGGAACUGCAAACUGAAAAUGGUAGUCUGAAGGAGGGAAUUAGACUACUAAUUUCAAAUGUUCACUCUGAUUUUCCACCGCAAUAUAAUUUAUCCGAAACUGUUUCAGAAGUCCGGUACUUUAACAAUGAAACAUUAGACAAGCUAGGAGAUAUUUUAGGAAAGGAACAAGCAGAGAAAUUUAUAGAAAUAUUUUGUACAGUGAAACAACAAGCUCAAGAAAUCAGUAAUCUCAAAUACGAAAUUGCUUCUAUUACUGCAAUGAGUCAGCAGGAAAAAACAGAGUCAGGAGAAAAGUUAUUAACAGACUUAAAAAGUUGCCAAGAUGAUAUCAGAAGUAAGGUUGAAUUGAUUAGCCAUAUAGAGGAAGAGCUGAGCCGGUUUCUGGGCACACAGAUUUCUUUUCAGUAUAACAGUGAAAGUUUAGCCAAUUUACGGAAGGAACUUUCAGAAAAGAAAAAUGUUUUGGAACAAAAUUCUGAAGAGGUACUGGAGCUGCAAAAUUUGAAAGCAACUUUGGAUUCUAAGUCAAAGGAAUAUGAAAAGCUGCGUAGUGAACUAUUAUUUAUUCAGGAUGUCUCUAAAGACAAAGAAAGAGAACUGAAUCUUCUGAAGGAACGACUGGAAAACAUUGAAGAAAAACACAAAUCUGAAAUCUGUGCUUUGCAAGAAAGACAUUUUGAAUGUGAGGAUGUUCUGAGUGCAAUGAAAGAAGAAGGAUUUUUGUCAGAUGGCAUGGAAGAAAACUCAUUGCAUAGUAAAGAGGCAGUAAUGGCCAUUAUAAGGAAGCUACAUAACCAGCUUGGUGAGAGAACUUCAGUUAUUGAGAAGUUGGUGCAGCAGUGUGAAACAUCAAAGAAUGAAGUAUCUAAACUGCGUGAUGAUUUGAAAUUAAUAAGACAGGAGCGUGAUCAGUUCGAAUCAAAUGCGUCUCAUUUUAAAAACUUAGUAGAAACAAACAAUGAGGAACUGAUUUCUUUAAAACAGUCAUUUGUCGAUCUAAAAUCCCAGUCUGAAAGCUGCAUAUCUGGUUUACAGAAUAACUUGAGGGAUGUGCAGACUGAGUGUUCCAUGUACAAGAAAUUAAUAGAGGAGCAGUCUAAUGAUACUGAUAGCACCAAAGCUCAGCUCAUGCAAGUCAUAAGUCAAAGUGAUGAAGUAAUGAUAGAAUUAAAGAAAGUGCAAGAUGAAUUAAGAAAUACUACUGAAAGGCUGAUGGCAAAAACCAAAGAGGCUGAAGAAGUUAAGGAAAUAACAAAUGCUUUAGAAAAGAAAAAUUCAGCAUUGUUGGAUGAAAUGAAUAAAAUUCAAGAUGAGUACAACAGCCUAAAAAUGCAAUUUGUCACAAAACAGGAAGAAGUUCUAUCAUUGGAAAACCAGUUAAAUACAUCCCAUAAAACAAUUGAAGAUCUUCAGAAAGACCUAAAUUUGUCUACAGAAAAGUGUGACAAUAAGUCCAAAGAGUGUGUUGCACUUUCUGCUGAAAUUAGUGCCCUUAAAAAUUCUGCAGCUUCAGAACUGAAUUCUGUAAGAGAGAUGCAUGACAUUGCCAUACAGAAAAUGCAGCAUAUGGAGAGAGAGCUAAAUGAAGCAGACAAUAGAUUUAAAUGCCAGACUGAAGAAUUAAAACAAAAAACAAAAUUACUAGAGGAAGAGAAACAGUCAAAGGAGAAGCUGAAUAGAAACCUGAUGAAAAUUAAGACUGCUUCUAAACAGCUGAAUUGCAGUUACAUUGAAUUAAGAAAACAGUCAAAAUCUUUCCAAGCAGUACUGCGUGAACAGAUUGUUGUGGCAACCGCAACACUACACACUAUAAUUGAUCGACUGGCACAGUCACAAGCAGUAGAGAGUGUGGGCAUUCUGCAUGACAUGAAUGAAAUGAACCAGGCACUAAAACUUCGUGGUGAAACAAUUUCAAAGCUUCAAGAGGCUGUUAGUGACCUAGAGCAGCAGUUGCAAGAGACACGAAAGCAUUUAGCAUCUACUCAAGAAGAAUUGCAAACAGUGGCAUCCUCCCUGGACAAAAAGAUUGUGGAAGUGCAGUCACUUGAGACAGAAAAUUCUCAACAGAAGGAAGAAAUAGCACAGAUGAGAAGCCGCAUAACAGAAUUUGAAAGGGAAGCUGCAGUGGAUGUCGCUCGCAGUGAGGUCACAAGCAACAGCACGAUCAGCAAAACUGAAGAACAAGCACGUCUUAAGGAUCUUGAAGAUACAUUUGAAGAACGCUACACAAAGCUGCGGACAGUUGCGGUGAGGCUGAAGAAGCGUGUGGCGGAGCUUACAGCCCACCUGACUCAGCUGGAAGCUGAACGCAAUAAACUGUUAACUGAUAAACAAGAACUUCAAGCGUGUGUCACACAGAUGUCAGCACAAGCAAAACAUCUUCAGACUCUUCAACAGGAGUACGACAAGUUACAAGACACACUAGAGCAACAGAAAGCUGAAAUGAGCAAAGCUAAGAAGAAUCAAGACACUGCUCUGGCAGACUUAGAAAAGCUAAGGAAACAUCUAGAACAGUGUCUUGAGGAAAAACUAAAUGUGGAGAAACUUCUAGAAUCCUGUAGUAGUGAAAAGUUGACCCUGGAACGAACAUGGAAGGAACAAACUAAUCAACUGAAAAAUUUGCGAAAGGAGGUAGAGUUACAGAAUAACAGUUACAGAGAAAAAGAAAUAACAGUGUCUCAGUUACAAGAACAACUGAACAAACUCCAACAGAAGUUGUCAGAGGAAGAAACAAAUCACCAAGCAACAAAGGAAGCUCUUGAAAUGAGUAUGCAGGAGUGCAAGAAGAACUCAUUGUUAACAUUGGAGAUGGAUGAUUAUGAGAAAAGACUGUCCCAGUUGACACAGCAACUGGAAAAAGAAAAGGCACGUGUUUCAGAGCUAGAGAGCCAUUUGAACACACAGAGAGAAAUUGAACAAGGGCUUCAUCAGCAGAUAAAUUUGUUGGAACAACGUGUCACAGCAGAAGAGACACGCAACAAAGAAGCCAAGGAACAGUUGAAUAUAAUUCGACAGCGAUUGUGUGAAGCAGAAUCACUCUCCAAAGAAAAGGAAGCUGUCUUGCAGGAUGCAAAGAGGUAUGCAGAAAAUCUGAGGGAGGAAUUAGAAGCUCAACAGUUGGAGUUAGCUGCUACUGCAGCUGAGAAACAGAAAAUUGAGGCUAGCAGUCACAAGCAGCAGACUGUGCUUAUUGAGAAGAUUUCUGUAUUAGAAGAACAACUAGAAAAAUUGCAGCAUGAAAGAGACAAAUUUUCCACAGAAUUAGCAGAGGUGCAUAGUGAGUUUGAAAGUUACAAAAUUCGUGCUGCAAGUGUACUGAGGCAGAAGGCUCGCCCUGAAGAAACUGCUCCAAUCGCAGAAGAUGGAGCCCAACAGGAAAUUGCACAACUUCGAAAAACAAAUGAUAUGCUUCGAGGAAAACUUGAAGAAAUGAGCACAGAGAUAGCUUUAUUGGAGCAAGAACUGUCAUCAGUCCGACAGGAGCGUGCACGAAGUGCAGAUCAAGUUCAGGAACUCUUAAGCACAGUUUCGACUCUGCAACAGCAAGUAGAACAGUUACAAGAGAAAGCACGUGAUACAGCUCUGCAACAUGCAGAAGUGCUUCGUAACCAGAAGCUGCAUACGGACACACUUGUGCUUUGUUAUAAGAAACAGAUUAAAGAACUGGAAGAGCGGCUAGCAGAUGAAACUACUGCUAUUAAACAACAGUUAGAGAGGACUGAGGAGAAACUUAGGGUUACACAUAAACCUGUUAUUGAAGUACCAGAAAAACAAUUGAAGAAUGAAGCCAGCUCUUUCACAACUGUUACAAGCCAAAAUAUGGAAAUUGCAUUACUUGAAAGAGAGGAGUGUGAGGGUUCAGAAAAUGUGGAUUCUAUGUCACCGCAUCUUCGCAGUACUAGAGACCUGCCUAAAGAACCUGUACCUCUGGAAAGGCUGUUGGAAUCACCAGUUGAUGUAGAUGGCCUACCAUCUCAGGAGACAGAGAUCACAAAUACAGGAGAGCAUACAAGUCCUCAGGCAGCACUCCAGGAUCUCAACUGCAGUUGAGAGCAGCAGAAGCAAGAGGACGACAUUUGGCAUCCCUGCUGAGUGAAGCUGAGAGGGAGCUGGCUUUAUCUCAACAACAAGCUAAAUUGCUCAAAGACGAAUUGAGGCGUAAUCAGCGCAGUGCUGAACGUGAGCAGCAUGCUCACAAUCUGGAAUAUCUCAAGAAUGUGCUGCUUAAGUUUGUCACAUUGCAGGGUGGAGAUGAAAGGACACGUUUGGUGCCUGUCCUCAACACUAUUCUGAAACUUAGUCCAGAGGAAACAAACCAAUUACUGGCAGUCUCUAAAGGUGGAGUGGAUGCAUCAGGCAGUGGACGAGGCUGGGGAAGUUACCUUCCUAUCUGGCCCAGUCUAUAGCAUCUGCCUUUACCAUUCCCUUCUUGGAUAUGACAGGCAGAUUAAAAAAAAAAGCACUUUUCAUGCAUUUGGUAUGGAUUGUGGUUGCCAUUUCAUUGCAUGAACAAGGUACUUAAACUCUGAGAUGUUCUUAAGAGUUGUUUCCAUAAACCUUAGUCAAUCAUCAUACAGAGUACCUGACCUGAUAUACAUCAGCUGCACAUUCUUUGCGUCAUUAUUGAUGCCACUUAAUGUAAGAAAUUUGUAUAUAUGAGAACUCCUUCUUUGUUAGAAAAGAAGAAAGCAAAGGAACACUACUUCAAUUUCAGAGUAUACUUGCUAUAAAUAAUUGUAAGUUAUUGUUUAUAAAGAGGUGAAUGGAAACAGACUUAAAUGUGUGUGUGUGUGUGUGUGUGUGUGUGUGUGUGUGUGUGUGUGUGUGUGUGUGUGUGUGUGGGCACGUGCGCGCUUGAGGUUGUAUGUGACAACAGACUGACAAAUACCUAAUGGGGCCCAUGCUGUGUGUAUACAUAUAAAAAAAGGAUAUUGUCACUUCUUUUGUUGUCAGUCCUUCUCAGUAUUACAAACAUGAAUGCACAACCAAAUAUUUACCUUGGAGUUGUAGAAUGACAGUUUCAUAAACUGAAGGAUAGUACAAUAUUAGCAAAUUCAACACUUUUUCUCCUGUUGUAUUAUAAAAUAUUACGCUCAUAAUAUGAAUUUGUAGAGUUUUUAAAUAUCCAUUUUUUUCUACCUGGGCUCAUGAAUAAUCUUUAAAAGUGUCUACAUAUAUUUUAAAUAUCUGUUACUAAUGUGCACUGCACACAUAAAACAUUCCUAUAACCUUAAAGUCCAGUUUGCGAAAUCAACAACAUGGAAUAAUAAGUGAAGUAAAAUAGUUGUUUGUGACAUGUUCAUUCUCUAAAUAUUAAUAAUUAAAUUAGUAAUUUAUAGUGCAAGCAUAUGUACUGCAUUUAAAAAAAAUUUUAGUGUCUUUUAAAAAGUUUCAAUGAAACAUCAGCAAAAUCUAAAUAUUGGGCAACAUAUAAUGCUAACAUAAGCUAAUAAUAAAGCAUAGUUACACGAAACUAAUAGAAAUUUUCAAAGCAUUUAAAAUUGACUUUGCUCUAAUAUUAAUCGUUUAUAUUUAUUCUUGCACUCUUUAUAUUCUGUUGGAACUGGAUUGGUCUUUUUCCCUAAAACAAAGAAAGCUACUUAACAGCCUCUUCCCUCAGUUCUUGUCCUAGUAGCACGUGCACUUUCACUAAAAGGCAUCAUCUGCGAAAGGAAGAAAAACUGUUGAUACAAGAAGAACUGAGUCGGGAACGAGCAGUUGGACUGACAGGGGUUCUUAUUUGAACAGUUUAUAAGUAAAUGCUGCUUUUCUGUCUCAAACAAUGUAAGUGCUCAUUUCUGUAUUUUGUAAGAAUGUUUAUCCUUUUGAAGAAAUUUGUUUUAAAUCAUUUAAUAUAAAUUAAGAAAACACUCUUCUUUUGUAUUAUUAUUAUUAUUAUUAUUAUUUUAUUUGUUCAGUAGCUUCAGAAUUGUUCCCCCCACAAAUGUCAAACAGAAUAUGUCAACUAAAUACGCUUAAUAAUCGAAGGGCAAGUUUUACAGUUCUUAAAACGGCUUUCUCUCCCUGAAAAAUAUGUAGGCAUUUUACAUUCUAUUAUUUAUUACCUACCUUUACUUAAAACUAUUUGAGAAACUUCAAGUGUUGUGUGAUAUAUGCUCCUUUAGAAAUGAAGUUUUGAUACAUACUUAUGUAUGUUUCCUGUUUAUUGCAGUGCUCAAAUUUUGAGCAGAUUGUUAAUAAUAAUGAAUCAGUGCCUUUUUAAAUAAAGUGUGAAACUGGUUGUGAAAUACAGGUUUUUUACUGUCAGUUCACAAAUCAGACAUUUUGUUGUUGAAUAAUGAGAAAUGCAAUAUGUCAUUCCAUUGUGCAUUUGAUGUAAGUCAUUUAUAAUGAAGUACUGUAACAUGUUACAGCUGCUUUGUAGAUAAUUUUAACUGUAUAAUGAUUGCAGUGACUGUGUCUUGAUUUAGAAAUUCUGUUGACAUAACAAAUAAUUUAUAAUAAAGAUGUCAGGGUCUGUAUUGUUUGUACAGGAUGUGUUGAAUUUGUGAUUCCUUUUUAUAAGAAUAAUCUGUAAUCUUCCUCGUGCCUGCUGGUAAGUUGUUGCAGAUUUUAAAAAAUAUAUAUAUUUACUAUGUUUGCAGUAUACAAGAAACAAAAUGUAAAAUAAUUAACAGGCAAAUAAACUAAUUUUACUUUGCUGGAGAGGAAACUCUACUGUAUCAACUGCUGAUUGUGAAAUUGUUUUUCACUGUACGGUUGCAAUAAACAUUACAGUUUGUAGAGAA